AUGUACGUCUCCGUUCCUACCAUGAUAGACCUUCGCAACUACGCCGACAAUAUACGCUACCUCCGCCGUCCUUCCUCGGAGCUAGGCGCCUACGACAACCUCGUUUCCCGCUGCUUCAGUGACUUCAACAUCAAUCCAGAACGCUUCAGCGUACAUAUCCAUUUUCGACGGAAUGCGCCUUGUGAAGGCGAGGAGGUGCUGAAAGAGGAUGAUUGGGAUAAUGGAGAGUAUGAGAGUGGCGGGGAGUUGGUCUUGUACGCACAUUUUAUGGUAAGGCUUCGAUCGAGGAGUGACUCCAGAGAUGGGUACAGGCUCAGGGAGUCAACGACACCCCCAGUCGUCCCGUCGCCCGAGUCUCCAUGGAUACAGCCGCCACUACCAAUGGUGGACGAGCAAGGCAUACUCGUACCAGGAUACCAGACAGUACAUCCAGUACCGGACGUUUCUGGUCCUGCGCCCACUCCCGUACCACCAACAGCUCCUCUGCAGCCUCCUUCUGCCGUCCGUCGCCCAGCCACACAGCGACGAAACACCGACUCGACGACGGCCUACUCGCUCUGUACACCGCUAUCUAGCACUCGCUAUGGGACGACUACUUAUUUCUCUGGUCCUUAUAUCUUCAUCCCUCUGGCCCCUGGCCUACCUAGACCACAGUCACAUCCCCAGCGCUUUAGGGCUUCGUUUCCAGGUUUCAGACCGCAGUUGUCUGCAUUUGUCACUAGAGAGAUCGCCACACCGACGACAUCAACUCCCGCACUGAGACGUCCAUCUGAUCCUGCUGCUAUUGGUAACCGCAAAUUAGCUAACGGGCCGCAGCCAGACGACAGAUCCAUAGAUCGUCCACCAGUCAUCAGACGAGGCCAUCCAAGGGCCGGUGAGCAGAAUGUACGGUCAAGGCCACCAGUGCUGGAUAAGUUCGACUUUCCUCUGGAGUUCGAUGACGAAUCAACAACACGUCAACCCACCACUCGACGACGUCUGCAAAGAGCUGAUCAGCAACCCGUACCGCCUCCAUCAACCGGUGAUAAAUUCGACUUUUCGCUAGAUUUUGACGAUCUACCGGUAGUGAGGCCGCAGCUACACCAGCAACAAGACAGAGAGCAAGAACAUCACGAGCAGGAAAUGCAAGAAUUACUAGAGCAAGAGGGAAGAGCAUCUGUUGCGAGUUCGGUGGAAUCUUUCGACUUUCCGCUUGAGCUUGAUAAUUCUCCGGUGUCAGGACAACAGCAGCACCACGCACAGACUGAGGGUCGUGCGUCUGUUGCACGUUCGGAGGACUCAUUCGGACUCUUCUUGACGGAAGAGAUUGAGAGUGCACUGUUUGUAACAGAUGAGGAAGAUAGGGAUUUCGAGGAUGAGUUAGCUUGGGAGGAUGACGAAGGAGAGGAACAAGAGAAGGAAGCAGAAUAA